AUGGUUCAGCUGAACGAGAUUUGUUUCCAGAAACCAUGGCGUUUAUUUGAUUUCAAAGGGAAGCCAAACUAUAUUGUUCCAUUCGAUGGUCAGUAUGUCUUCAAAUGCAAAUAUCCAAAUAUGUACUUCAUGAAUACGAACCAGAAGAGUGAACUCAAGUUGAAGUGCAAUGGAGCAACGUCGUCUUAUAUGAAUGUUGAAACUGGUGAAACUAACGUGAAAUUAAUGAACUGUAUCAAGGGUGGUUCAACGACCGAUCCGUUCUUCCCCAAUCCGAAUGUUCGUAAUGUUUUCAUUGCGCCUUUAGCUAAAUUUGAUCUGGUUUCGUUGUUAUCACCUAAAUCAGUGUCAGUUUUAUUCACAGUUUUGUUGGAAUAUGCUUUGCAGAUGAACAUGCCGUUCGAUAGAUGGGAAUGGCAUUCAGAUUCAACAGCUUCAUGUGGUCUACCGAAAUUAAGCGAUGAUGACACAAAAACUGUGUUUAGAAAUGAGCUUUGUAAUAACAGUAUGAAUGAGGCGGCUGGAUGCUCGAUUCGAGUCGAUUGUGAGACAGGUAGAUAG